CAGUGACGCGCUUUUUUCGGCCAUCAUUUCCGCCUGUCCUCUUGUGUGUGUUGUUUUGUAGCCAGUCUAAAUAACCGAUAAAACCAGUUGAAAAUGGCCGAUGCCGACGAUCUUUUGGACUACGAAGAUGAGGAGAACACCGAGCAGACCGCGACCGAAACGGCGGCCGCCGGCGAAACGAAGAAGGGCGUCAAGGGUACCUACGUAUCCAUCCACAGCUCCGGCUUCAGGGACUUCCUUCUGAAACCCGAAAUUCUCAGAGCCAUUGUGGACUGCGGCUUCGAGCACCCUUCUGAAGUUCAACAUGAGUGUAUCCCUCAGGCAGUGCUUGGCAUGGACAUUCUGUGCCAGGCCAAGUCUGGUAUGGGUAAGACGGCGGUGUUCGUCCUGGCCACGUUGCAGCAGCUCGAACCCACCGACGACGUCGUCAACGUCCUGGUCAUGUGCCACACAAGGGAGCUGGCAUUCCAGAUCAGCAAGGAGUACGAGCGUUUCAGCAAGUACAUGACCAACGUCAAGGUGGGAGUCUUCUUUGGCGGUCUGCCCAUCCAGAAGGAUGAAGAACUGUUGAAGAACAACUGUCCUCACAUUGUUGUCGGCACCCCCGGCCGUAUUUUGGCACUAGUCCGUUCCAGAAAGCUGAAUCUGAAGCAUCUCAAGCACUUUAUCUUGGAUGAGUGUGACAAAAUGCUGGAACUAUUAGAUAUGAGAAAGGACGUACAAGAAAUCUACCGUAACACGCCGCAUGGAAAGCAAGUAAUGAUGUUCAGUGCCACGCUCCGCAAAGAAAUCCGCCCCGUCUGCAAGAAGUUUAUGCAAGAUCCCAUGGAAGUGUAUGUGGACGACGAGGCCAAGCUGACGUUGCACGGACUGCAACAGCACUAUGUCAAACUAAAGGAGAAUGAGAAGAACAAAAAACUCUUUGAGUUGCUUGAUGUGUUAGAAUUCAAUCAAGUGGUGAUAUUCGUAAAAUCAGUACAAAGAUGCAUGGCAUUGGCCCAACUAUUGACAGAACAAAACUUCCCCGCCAUAGGAAUCCACAGAGGAAUGGAACAAAAGGAGCGUCUGUCCAGAUAUGAACAGUUCAAGGACUUCCAAAAGAGAAUUUUGGUGGCCACAAACCUGUUUGGUCGUGGUAUGGAUAUUGAGAGGGUCAACAUCGUCUUCAAUUACGACAUGCCUGAAGAUUCCGACACUUACCUUCACAGGGUGGCCAGAGCUGGACGUUUUGGUACCAAAGGUCUGGCCAUCACUUUCGUGUCAGAAGAAAGUGACGCCAAAAUCUUGAAUGAAGUACAAGAUAGAUUUGAUGUCAAUAUUACGGAACUACCUGAUGAAAUUGAUCUUAGUUCCUACAUUGAAGGACGGUAAAUUGACGACUUAACGUUGUAUGUUCUUAGAUAAGUGUAAGCAUGUGUUGUGUUACUGAUUAAAGUAUUAUGUACUUUUACCUUUCAACGUUUUGUAAUAAAAUUUCCUUAUGAGUACCUCCUGUUUUGAUCUCAGACGUCUGGUGUUGACAAGGAUGAUUGUAACUAUUCCACAAUCUUGUGGUACUGAUGUUUAAGGUGAUACAGAUAUUUUUGUUGGAAACUAUAAGUUUGAGGAUUUAACUCUGUAAAUAAUUGUAAUUUUAAGUUGAAAAAGAAAACCUCUUUUUAUAUUGUAUAAAUAAAUUUUGAAAUCACUUAA